GCCGCCGCCAUGUCGGGGGUGCGCGCGGUGCGCAUCAGCAUCGAGUCCGCGUGCGAGAAGCAGGUGCAGGAGGUGGGCCUGGACGGCACGGAGACCUACCUGCAGCCGCUGUCCAUGUCGCAGAACCUGGCGCGCCUGGCGCAGCGCAUCGACUUCAGCCAGGCGUCGGGCUCGGGCUCGGACGACGACGACGCGGACGGCGCCGACCGCGACGCGCACGACUGGGCCGGGGCCGGCGCCGAGCCUGACGACGACGAAGGCUUGGUCCGACUGCAGCCCUCCCUGUGGCCCUGGGACUCGGUGAGGAACAGUCUGCGGAGCGCCCUCACCGAGGUGUGUGUGCUCUACGAUGUGCUCAGUGUCGUCAGGGACAGGAAAUUCAUGACCUUGGACCCUGUCUCCCAGGAUGCACUUCCUCCCAAGCAGACGUUGCAGCUGAUCUCCAAGAAGAAGUCGCUGGCCGGAGCAGCCCAGAUCCUGCUGAAGGGCGCCGAGAGGCUGACCAAGUCCGUCACAGAGAACCAAGAGAACAAGCUGCAAAGGGACUUCAACUCAGAGCUCCUGCGGCUGAGGCAACACUGGAAGCUGAGGAAAGUGGGCGAUAAGAUCCUAGGGGAUCUGAGCUACCGCAGCGCAGGCUCUCUCUUUCCCCAUCACGGUACGUUCGAGGUCAUCAAGAAUACGGACAUCGACCUGGACAAGAAGAUCCCCGAAGACCACUGUCCCCUGGACGUCCAGAUCCCCAGCGAUUUGGAGGGCUCCGCGUAUAUCAAGGUUUCAAUUCAGAAACAGGCUCCAGACGUGGGUGACUUGGGCACAGCGACCCUGUUCAGGCAGCCCGCGCCGAAGGCCAAGCCAGGCUCCCCACACUGGCAGGCCAAGUUAGAAGCAGCACAGAACGUUCUGCUGUGCAAGGAGAUCUUUGCGCAGCUCUCCCGAGAGGCCGUGCAAAUCAAGUCCCAGAUCCCUCACAUCGUGGUGAAGAACCAGAUCCUCUCCCAGCCCUUCCCAAACCUGCAGUUGUCGAUUUCCUUAUGCCACUCCUUGAACGACAAGAAGUCCCAGAAGGCUGCUGCUGACAAGCCGAUUCCGGAGGACCAUCUGCAUGUCCUAGAGCAUAAUUUGCAUCUGAUGAUCCGAGAGUUCCACAAGCAGACCGUGAGCUCCAUCACAAUGCCUCACCCUGCCAGCGCUCCUUUCGGCCACAAGAGAAUGAGACUUUCGGGCCCUCAGGCUUAUGACAAGAACGAGAUCAGCUCCUUACAGUCCAGCGAGGGCCUUCUGGAGAAAGUCAUCAAGCAAGCGAAGCACAUCUUCCUGAGAAGCAGAGCGGCUGCGACCAUCGACAGCCUGGCUAGCCACAUUGAUGACCCCCAGAUCCAGGCGCACUGGUCGAACAUCAAUGAUGCCUGCGAGUCCAGCGUCAAAGUGCUCAUCACGUCCCAGGGCUACGAGCAGAUCUGCAAGUCGAUCCAGUUGCAGUUGAACAUCGGGGCUGACCACAUCCGUGUGGUGCACCGAGACGGUCGGGUUAUCACGCUGUCCCACCAGGAGCAGGAACUUCGGGACUUCCUCCUGUCUCAGAUGUCCCAGCACCAGGUCCACGCGGUACAGCAGCUGGCCAAGGUCAUGGGCUGGCAGGUCCUGAGCUUCAGCAGCCACGUAGGCCUCGGGCCCAUCGAGAGCGUCGGCAACGCCUCAGCCAUCACCGUGGCCUCCCCGAGUGGUGACUACGCCAUCUCAGUUCGGAAUGGCCCUGAAAGUGGCAGCAAGAUCAUGGUGCAGCUUCCCCGGAGCCAAUGCAAAGACCUGCCGAAGAGCGAUGUCCUUCAGGACAGCAAGUGGAACCACCUGCGAGGCCCCUUCAGGGAGGUGCAGUGGAGUAAGAUGGAAGGGCGCAACUUCGUCUACAAAAUGGAGCUGCUCAUGUCUGCACUCAGCCCCUGUCUGCUCUGACGCUGCUGCUUCCCAGUCAGGGUGAUGGAAACUCGGGACUUGAAGAUGCCCAUCACCCAGAAGCACAAGGGAGAGAGAUCUUCCAGAGAAACUAUCCUAAAGAGGAAUGAGCCAGUGUUUUGCAUUUUGGUUUUCUUUUUUGUUUUUUUGGGCCAUACCCAGCGGCACUCGGGUUACUCCUGGCAGGCUCAGGGGACCGUAUCUAAUGCCGGGAAUUGAACCCAGGUCUGUUUUGUGCUAGCUGCGUGUAAGGCAAAUGCCUACCACUGUGCUGUAUCUCCAGCCCCAGUGUUUUGCAUUUUGGAACUCUCACUUUGUAAGUGGCGAAAUGCUUUGAAUGCAGGAGAUUAAAUACAGUGAUUCCCUUUAGUUUGGAGACCACCCAGG